AUGUCUUGGGAGUUGACCCGUCGUCGCUGGCUUCGAACCCUUAAUAGCAGAUUUAUUUAUGGCCGAAUCCCGCUAUUGCACGCCAUCAUCUUCUUCAUCGAGAUGGCCCUCUUCGCCCGGCUCACCAGCCGGUUCAACUCGUACUACGAUGAGCGACCUCUGCUCACCAUGAUGGUCACCAACUCCAUUCUCGGAGGUGUCGCCGACACCGUUGCGCAGACCAUCACGUCGAUCCGGGAGCGUGCGGUGCGCAAACACCCGAACGGCCGCCUCAACCCCCGCGACGAUGCCCUUGCCAUUGAGAUUCACGAGCUCGACCGCAAAAACCCCUUCAGCAACCGGGAGCUAAUCCCCGAGUCGAAGAUCCUACCGCCGCCCUUCGACUUCGAACGCCUGACCCGCUUCAUGGCCUACGGCUUCUGCAUGGCGCCGAUCCAGUUCCGCUGGUUCAAGUUCCUCGAGGGUGCCUUUCCCAUCACCAAGAUGGCCGCUUUCAUGCCGGCCAUGAAGCGAGUGGCGUUCGACCAGCUCAUCUUUGCGCCGUUCGGCGUCGCCGCCUUCUUCACGGCCAUGACCAUUGCCGAGGGCGGCGGGAAGAGGGCCGUGUACCAGAAGAUGCGGGACAUGUAUGUGCCGACGCUCAAGGCAAACUACGCCCUCUGGCCUGCCGUGCAAGUCAUCAACUUCCGGCUUAUGCCGGUCCAGUUCCAACUGCCCUUCGUAUCGACGGUUGGCAUUGCUUGGACCGCAUAUCUCUCCCUUUCCAAUGCGGCUGAGAACGCGCAGGAGAAUCGCGUCCCUGAACGAUCCGACAUUCGGUUGCCAUAA